AUGCUAUUUGAUCCUCUUGAAGAUAUUAAUAAUUUAGCGCAUCAAUUUCCAUUAAACGGUUUCGGAAACAUUAUGAAUGAAGCGGAGGCCCUAAUUAUGGAGUUUGAAGAGAAUGGUAUGGACAUAAAUCCACGUAAUGAUGCUCCUGCGAGAAUAUUACAUUAUUUUGAAGAAGUCAUUCCAAACUACACCGAUCAUGAAUUUCACUCUCAUUUUCGGAUGUCACGAGAAUCUGUAGAGCCUCUGCGAAAAAAAAUACUGUUAACUAUUUGGGUAUUGACCCAUCUCUUACCUCAGUUCAUUCGUUGGCCCGAUGCAAAUGAAUGCGAAGCUAUUGAAGCUGGAUUUUUGACAAAGCUACAAGGGUUUCCCGGAAUAAUUGGAGCGAUUGAUGGUUCUCAUAUAGAAAUUUUGCAACCAUCAGGCAAUGCUAACGACUAUUACAACAGAAAAGAGAAACACUCAAUAAUAUUGCAAGGUACAUGUGAUUAUAAUGGGAAAUUCAUUGACGUAUUGAUUGGAAGACCCGGUAGAGCACACGAUGCAUCUGUUUUUAGAUCUUCUACACUGUUUACUCGACUAACAGAUGCUGAAAAUCCACUGUUACGGCCUAAUCAACACAUACUCGGUGAUUCUGCUUAUCCACUGAUGAUGAACCUUCUAACUCCUUUUAAAGAUAAUGGUCACCUCACCAGAGAGCAAGUAAAUUAUAAUGUGAAGCAUGCAUCAUGCUGAUCAAUAAUUGAGCGUGCGUUUGGUUUAUUGAAAGGAAAAUUUCGCAGAUUACAAUAUUUAAACGUUAAAUCUGUUCAAAUGGCCAUUAAAAUCGUUUCCGCAGCGUGUACCUUACAUAAUUUUAUUUUGAUUCGAGGCGAUGUAAAUGUUUGGAAUAAUUUUCUGGGCGGAAAUAUCAACAAUAACGAUAAUAAUAUUGAUAACGGCAAUGAAAUGGACAUUGAUGUGAAUGACGAGGAGCAGAAUGAAAAUGCAGAUGCUAAAGCAAAACGAAAUAAUAUUAUGAAUUCAAUGUAA